AUUAUGAAUUUGAGAGAGGGAGACUAUAUGCGUGUAAAUUUCGUUAUGAUUUCACGCGAAAUUUUCGUUUGAUUGCCUCUAAACAAGUUUUGUGACCAAGAUAAACUCAUGCCGAAAUACGGCACCAAGACAUACAGCCGUAAUCGCGCCAAAGAAUCAAAACUUUCCAAGGAAUUUGAUGAGAUUCAACAGAGUGAGAAUUCGGAUGCGAACGUUACAUUAGGGCAGAACACGUUCUCAAGAAGAACGUCCAGGAAGUCUCCGUGGGCUAGAACAAGUAGAAUAAUCGAAAGCAAUGCUGGUCUGAUAAAGGCAGGAAAUAUCGAUUCAUCAAAGACAAGCAAACGGCGAAGAUUAGGCACGAUCGAUGAGAAAGACCCGUAUGCUUUCGACGAAGAUGACGUGACGAUUUCACACUCACAGAAGAGUGCUUUGCAAAGUAACGCUAUCGUACCAGAGAAACAAGCGAUCGCGCCAGAAGUUACUGAUAAAAGUACUGAUGAUGAAGCUUAUAGCAGCUCUCAAGAAUUUAGUGAAAAUUCAUGCCAAGGAGGCGAGAAGAGGGGCACUUAUACUUACAGAAAGAAGCUCAGUUCGUCACCUUUUAAGAGUUUUCUGAAGAAUAAUGACAAGUCUCUAUCACCAAAGAAAGACAAAUUAAGAAGACUCUCAGCCUUGCCCACAAGUGCUGAUUUUAGUGAAGAGUCACAGGAUGAAGUACCCUCAGAUGCCCCAAGUCUUGCUCCAGCUGUGUGUCUACCACAGAAAAAAGAUACUGAUUCUCCAAGUGCAAUCAGAGUUAAAAGAACUGAUAAACCACUUUUCACAGUAGUGAGGAAUGUCAAACAAGUCCAUGAAUGUCUAGAGUCAGGAGAAGACCAGCAGUUUUUUGAUGAUGUAGAGUACCUUCUGGAUGGUCUCAAUGAGACUCGUUCAAUUUCCACCCGCUGUGUCAGUGCUCUGGAUUUUGCAUCACACUGUGCUCAACCCUCUUUCAGAGUGAACCUUCGGGCCCAUGGCAUGGGACCUAAAAUAUUUUCAGCUCUUCAAGAUGCACCUUCAGAUAAGUGCUUGGCGCUUUGUACAUCAGCGAUUACCUUGAUGUUAUCUCAGGAUCGUCAAAAUGCUGACUUGGACAGAUCCGUUCUUGAACUAAUGAUGAAACUCCUAGCUGUGGACAGUAAGAACAAGCAAUCAAAAUCACUGAAGGAUUACAAUAAAUAUGUCUCCAAAGUGCGGACUUUACUUGAAAAGCAAAGUGCCUCUGAGGAACUACUUGAAAUGGGAGAUGAUGACAUAAAUCCUGCCUCACUUGUGUGUGAAUCUAUGCUCUCCCUGGCAUCCCAGAGAAUUGGGGAAUGGUUUAAAGAAGAAAUAAGAGUCCUGCAGGGACUGGAUCAUAUAAUGAACACAGCAAUUCAAAUUAUUGAUGAGCUUUUAACAAGACAUGUGGAUGGCAAAUUACAUGAGGGAGUGUCAAUAGCAAAGCUUAAAAAGCUAACAAGAUGCAUGAGGCUUCUGGAGAAUGUUACAAUCCAGAAUUUGAAUAAUCAAAAGUAUAUGAUUCAGUAUGAAAAAGGGUCAUUUGUGACAAGCCUUGUCAGAUUGUUACAAAUGUGCCUUAACACACUCAACAAUGGUGUCUCAUCAAAGAAAGCCAAGAAAAAACCUGAUGAAGUGUUUCAAGACUGCUUCUUUGGCAUUCUCAAAGUUUUUCUCAAUCUUACCCACAACUUUGAGAGAGGAUGUUCCUGCAUUGGGCAACAGGAAGGCUUCUUAUCAUCUCUUCUUCUGACUGUUUUACAGCUGCCCCAGUUUGUUUCAGAGAGCAAGAGAUUUGAUCUUCUUGUACUGAGUUUGGAAUUAUUAAUAAACCUGGUGGAGGACAGUAAGCAGAACAUUGCCUCCCUGGUACAGCUGCGUACCUCCUCCCCCUGCCAUGAAAGUCAAGAUGACAGCCAAGACGUGACAAAUCAGGGGGGGAAACUAAGCUCAACUGAAGCUCUUGUGCAGCUCUUUCUUAUAAGAGAGGAAGCUGCCAGGAAUACAGAUGACAUGACAUCAGGUUUAUCAACUGAAGAGGAAAGUAGUCAGGAGUCAUUUAAACCCACAAAGGAUGGCAAGGGAUGGACUUUUGGUGAAGAUAUUGACGUUUCUGUUGAUGAAGGAGAUAAGAAAUCUAAUGAUGCACAAGAAGAGGAAGAGGAAAUUGUACCCCUGGAGGUGCAGCUUGGGAAAGCAUUGCAAAAAGCUGGAAAACACAUGGAAGAUAGUGUUGUGGCUGCAUAUGUUGCCCUUCUACUUGGAUGUAUAGUACAGGAAAAUGAGGCAAACCAGUCUUUUGUAAGGAGUCUUUUACCUGAUGGUGAUUUUUCUCUUCUUAUUAAUGUCUUGAGAAAAUUCCUCCGCUUCAUUAAGCUCACGAGUGGCACAAGUGGCCAUGGAAUUGAAAAAAUUGUUAAAGUAUUGGAAAGUUGCAAGUGAACCAAACAAGCCAAGUUGUUUCGGGAAACAGUAAUGAUUUACCACAGUAAUCUACUGUUUGUAAAGUGAUGUACAUUUUUUUAUUUCUACAUAAUUAUCACCAGAUGAAAAUUAAAUUCAUAUCCAGCACAGCACUUAAUGAGACAAAUUAUCUACAAUCUGGAUCACUGUAUAUAAAUAAGUUAAUUUGUUCCUUUUUGUGCUCACUUGAGACACAUGGGUUGAUGAUGUAAAUUGUGCAUGUCUCACUUGAUUGCAAAGGAUGGCUGUGGAUAGGCUCUCAUAAGAUUAGCAUGUGCACUGUAGAUCAGCUUGCAUUCUAUACCAGUUCUUCCAUAUAUUUCAAUAAAGUUUGCAUUGUCUCAACAUUUCUCUGUCCCUUGGCAAGCAUGUGUGGUAUAGCCAACCAUAUUUUCAGAGUCCAUCUUGUGUUAUUUUUAAUAUUUUCUCUAUUAUGGGUCUCUGCAAGAAAACACUAAUGGUAGUGCUAAUGCUAUGGAGGAAGAAAAAAUGGCAGGAUCUGUGGCUCUGACCAAUCCUUGCCUACCAUUGUGUUGGUACCCUUUAACUUAACUUGUUUCUUCGUUUUUGUUUCGGUCACUGCAUUCCUGGAACAGGCUAGAAUUGGAACAACUUUGGAAAACAGGCCCACUAGGGUCCACCUUGUAAAAGAGAGUUUCGAAGCUAACAACAG